CAGAACAAGCAGAUGUACAAAAAAGCUGUUCACAUAUAACAGACGGUGGCUCGACCAUUAUAAGGUGAAUCGUGGAUCACGUUGUUAAGAGAACAGUGAGUGAUUUUAUGCUGCACUACGUCCACAGACGUCUGGUUUUCUUGACGUCAGGAGAAGUCUGAGCGGACCCAGCGCUGCGCACAAGCACAGCAACCACAUCGCUCCCAGAGGAAAGGAGAACACAUCACAGCUACACAUCGCCAUUUAGCUGUAGUGUGGCGAAUCCGAUCAGCACUGUAGGAUGCCUCUUGGAGAGGAUGGAAAUGGAUGGAAAAAGAAGACAUCAGACAUCAAAGAACAUUAUGACUUCAAAGAAGUGCUGGGAACGGGAGCUUUCUCCGAGGUGGUUUUAGCCGAGGAGAAGAGGACCCAGAGGCUCGUGGCCAUAAAGUGCAUCCCCAAGAAAGCGCUGGAAGGCAAAGAGAACAACAUCGAAAAUGAGAUCGCAGUACUACACAGAAUCAAGCAUCCCAACAUUGUUACGCUGGAGGACAUCUUUGAAAGUACAUCUCACCUGUAUCUUGUCAUGCAGCUGGUAUCUGGAGGCGAGCUGUUUGACAGGAUUGUGGAGAAAGGUUUCUACACAGAGAGAGAUGCCAGCCAGCUCAUCCACCAGAUCUUAGAUGCAGUCAAAUAUCUCCACGAUAUGGGGAUCGUCCACAGAGACUUGAAGCCAGAGAAUUUGCUGUAUUACAGUAUGGACGAAGACUCCAAGAUUAUGAUCAGUGACUUUGGACUGUCAAAGAUUGAGGGAGCGGGCAGUGUCAUGUCUACAGCCUGCGGUACUCCUGGAUACGUGGCUCCCGAGGUGCUCGCCCAGAAGCCAUACAGCAAAGCAGUGGAUUGCUGGUCCAUAGGAGUUAUUUCUUAUAUCCUGUUAUGUGGGUAUCCUCCGUUUUACGAUGAAAACGAUGCCAAGUUAUUUGAGCAGAUUCUGAAAGCAGAGUAUGAAUUUGACUCUCCGUACUGGGAUGACAUCUCAGAUUCAGCCAAAGACUUCAUCUGUCACCUGAUGGAGAAAGACCCUUUGAAGAGGUAUACAUGUGAGCAGGCCCUCCAGCAUCCAUGGAUCUGUGGAGACACAGCACUGGACAAGAAUAUCCACGAAUCUGUCAGCGCUCAAAUCAAGAAGAACUUUGCCAAAAGUAAAUGGAAGCAAGCAUUUAAUGCCACAGCAGUGGUGCGCCACAUGCGGAAGCUGCAGCUGGGCACCAGUCUCGAGGGACCCAGUCAGAUAACUCCCACCAGUCCCUGCCAUGGACAUCUGCUCCCAGAGGAAGAGGAAGAGGAGGAGGAGGAUGAUGAUUUGGGGAAUGGGGAGGAGGAGAGCUUGUCCCACUAUGAGGACGGCCGCCGCGGAAGCAACGAGGGCAGCACGGAUCGAGACAGCCUGAGGAGCUGCACCUACUGCUGCAGGCCAGCCAGUCGCGUCUGAGCAUGACCUCCCCGUUGGUCAUGAUGCCAUUGUAACCCUGGAGUGCCCAGAGCCCACCCGCCCAGUCUGGCCAGGAAUGCAGAGUAGUUAUCAGGCAGUGUCCACCAGAGUACAUCCGCAGCGAGCAGGUCACUGUUAUGGUGUGGAUAAACAUAACUGUAAGUCUUUGUCCAAAACCACAUCCUCGAGACUCAAGCUACACAAGUUUUAACAACAGUAUGCAUGGCCGCUCCAAAUAGACUGAGAGUUUAUGAUUUAAAGAAAAAACAUAAUAAAGGGCCUGUCUGCAUGAUUAUCAUGAAAUAACCCCCCCUUAGCAACAUGUAGUUGUCCUUUGUGCAACAAUAGCAGACAGCCGUCACUUGGCAGUGUGUACAUCACAACAAGUCGUUCAGGACGUUACCGUCAGGAAGGAUCUAAGCCUCUGGAGUCUUAAUCAAAGACGAGGCAGCGGCCCAAAGGCAGUCUCCUCCAUUAUUUUUGUUCUCAUUACCUGUCACAUCUACCUCUAAUCACAAUUACUGUGUGUCCACAUCCAUCUGGCCCAACACACGCUCUGCAUUACUGGCAGCUUUCUCCAAAAAAUCUGGCCAGACAGGGCACGAAGAAGAGGGGAAAACAGUGCUGAGAGCUCCUCCUGCAUGUCUUUAUACUCUUUACCCAUCAGUGUGACUCAGUCCAGUCACCGACCAAGUAGCUGUUUAGUUGGAUAGAGUUAAUCUGGAGCUGUGUCUUCACUGCCGGUUCCACCCUGCCCAUUUGUUCUGUUUGAUCACCUCUGUCUUUUAUCUCAUAUUGUCAUUAUCAAGUGUUUCUGUGUUUACUCCUUUUGUCUAAAGCCUUUUUGGGAAAGGACAUACUUGAAAGUGGGGGGGGGCUUUUGGGGGUUAUGGACUCUAUAUUCUGGCUCAGACUGGGUUUAUGAAGAGUGGUUCUGACCUGGAGUGUCUGCAUGCUUCUGUCGGGGAAAAACAUAGAAAUGUAUGAAUAUCAAAAGGAGACUUUUUUUUUUUUUACUUUUGUUUUAUGGCUGUUCUGUUACCAGAGGCUCAAACUGAGAUCCCUGUAAGUUUGUAUAAGACAAGAAUCUGACCUUCCUCCCCUGGGCAAGGAGAGUUUUUCCUUUCUUUCUUUCUUUUUUUUGUUGUUUUUUUGCAGAUGCAAUUAUGUUGAGAAUCCACUAUGCGUGGGAAGAAAAUGAUCAUAUUCAUGUCACGCUCAUCCUCCCCGUUCUGUUUCUGACAAAUGUCUAAAUAUCCGCCAGCCGUCAGUCUCUCGGUCUGGCUCAGGCCUGUCUCACACUGAGUCAGAGGGAUCUCAGUCUGGGCGCUCCGCCUGCUCUGUGCUGUGCACCUCUAGUGGAAGAAGUUUUGGUCUACUGUUUGCAUGACCUGGUUAAAUAUGUUUACAUGAAUGAUGAUCAAUUAGUAUAAACACACAUGAUUAUUAUUACUCUGUUGUAUUGAAAAAUGAUGUAAUACUGUAAUUUUGAGCUAUAUAAUGUGAAGUGAGUAACACCAGAAGUAAUGUUGUUGACAAAGUACAACACAGCACAGUGGACUUAUCAUUUGCAUUGACUAAGAUGGUCAAGUCUCUACCUGAGUGACAUUUCUCCUGUACUAUGUUUAUUUACAACUCAGAUAUUUCUUCUUUUUUUUCAGUUUUUUUCCUUUUUUGUCCAUCACUUAUGUAGAAUCUCUCAAACUGUUUAUUCCUGCCUGAUACCCAGACACAAGUAGAGAGAGAAAAAAAACACACAUAUCCUAAUUUUAAACAGGUGCCAGUACAAAACAUGGGGGGAAAAAAAUCACGGUGCUGGAAACACCACCUGUCUGCCAGCGUGCAAGCACUACAUUUGUCCUCCUGAGUAAAAGAACUACAGUACUAAAGCCAUACAGGGAGGCGAGACUGUUUAACUGUAGACUCAGAUAUGUCGUUCUCUUUAAAUAUAUGACUCACAUGAAGGAUUCUGCAAGAGAUUUAACAUAGAGAAGAAGGAUGAGACAACUAGCUACAAGUACUUUAAUCCUGAUAUUAAUCAUCCCAUACCAUUAUUAAUUUAAGGUAUGUCAUGACUUAAUACUGUAUUAUUAGUUAACUGUAGGGAACCAGUCCAUUACAUUUUGUUGAAUUUGAUUGAAUUUUGCUGCCCACAUUAAUCCAGUUCCCCCGAUCUGUCAUUGACACAUACAGGUCCAUAGUACAGUGAAAGAGGGCAAUCACUCUGGAUUUAUAUGACUGUAAUUGUGGAAAAUAUGCAAACUGUGUGUGAAGGGCUUCAUGUUAACUGUUAGCUAGCCAAUGUUGAUGACUUUGAUAACCUGGCUCUUAUUUGUUUGGUAAUGACCUUCUGUUGAACCUGACCUGGGAUUUGUUUCCACUUGGCUGUGUUUUGUUUCUUUCUUUAUUUUUUUUAAAAAAAGCAUAUUUUACCCAUGACAAACACAUCUAAAUGCAUAAAGAAACACGUGUAUAUUAUAUAUAUAAAUAUAAGUAUAUAUUGUAUAUCCUUUUUUGUAAAAGCUGUUUUGAGCUACAAAUGUAUGGAUGCAAUGCAUCAUGGGUUAUUGAACAAGAUGUAAGAAAAUACAAUGGAUUUGUACCCACAGAGAUAUGACUGCAGGAAAUGAAAUAAAACUUCCUUGUCUAUGCA